UAGGAGGGUGUUUAUGCACACACGAGUGUGUCUUAUAUUGAAAGAGCAUCUGUAUUCCUUGAUGAAAGCUCCUUCACUGAUACUUUAUUGCAGUGUUAAGACAUCUUAAAAACAGCAAGUUUUUCUAUUGAGUGUUGAUAUUGGGAGCUUCAGGAGGAGUCGGUACAUUUGCUGUACAGCUGGUGAAGGCCUGGGGUGCUCACGUGACAGCGGUGUGUUCUCAUGAUGCUAGCACGCUGAUGAAAAAGCUUGGAGCAGAUGAUGUGAUUGAUUACAAAUCUGGAAAUUUGGAAGAGCAGCUUAAAACAUUGCCCUUAUUUGAUUUCAUCCUAGACAAUGUCGGCGGAUCCACUGAGAAGUGGGCUCUCGAUCUCCUGAAGAAAUGGUCGGGAGCAACAUACGUUACCUUGGUGACACCUUUCUUGAUCAACAUGGACAGACUUGGAGUAGCUGAUGGCAUGUUGCAAACAGGAGUCACGAUAGGUUCCAAAACUGUAAAGCACCUCCUUAAAGGAGUCCAUUAUCGGUGGGCAUUUUUUAUGCCAAGUGGCCCGAGUUUGGAUGAAAUAGCAGAACUGGUUGAUUCGGGAAAGAUUCAACCAGUUAUCGAUCAAGUCUUCCCUUUUUCUGAAGUUCCCAAGGCCUUUCUGAAAUUGGAAGAAGGACAUGCGCGUGGAAAAACAGUGAUCGAUGUUGUUAAUAAAAAAUAAAAUAUCGCUAAUCACUGUACUGCCUUCAGUCAUCCUUAACUGGUAAAUGACACUUGAGCAUGAAGUGGUACGGAGCAACUGUUUUUUCUUACAAAGCUCUUAAAAGAUGCACUGUUUUAAAAAAA